AUGCUAUAAAUUAAUGUUGAGGUGCAAACUGUUUAUUUUUAUAUAGAUUCACCUAUUAUGUAUUGCCAUAUGCAACUAAAUGAUUGUAAUAUGUUUGAUUGAAUGUAGCUGUUACUGCAGUCAUGUUAAAUAGUUAACUUAAAUGUAAAUGCUAUGAACAAUAAGACAUAUAUGAAAAGGCUGAAAUUAGAACGGCUUAUGAUCCAAAGAACAAAAAAAAAGUAUUUCUCAACUUAUUAUGUAAGCUUAAAUUGAUUUUCUUUGAAAAUUAAAGUAAAUUUGGAGAGGCUGUCUUUGAUCUGGACUUUUAUAUUGAGAACAAAUUUUAAUAAUUAUCAGAUAAAUUAUCCAUUCAAAGUGAACAAAAUGAAGAAGCUUAAUUAACAUUUAUGUUUGAAUGGUAAUUUAUAGAAAAGCCUACAGAAAUCAAUCCUAAAAUCAUUAAUCCUUAUCUUUCAGGCAAUAGUCCUUAAAAUACAUAAAGAAAUGUUGGAUAAAGUCCAAAAAGAUUAGUUUAAUAAAAAAAAAUUGGAGAAGAAAAUGAAAAGAGAACUACUCAUGUAACGUAUUCUUAGUGGAAAGAUCAUAAAGAAUAUUUAAAAAAUUAAUUGGAACGAAAACUAAAAGAACCUAAGCAUCCUUAAAAAGUAGUAAUUGUUGAUGAUUAAAAUUAUAAUUGGUCAGAUACAUUAAGAAAACCAGAUGCUUAAGUGAGAGUUGUUUCUCCUCCAAAACGAUUUGGUACACCUACUAAAGCAAAUAAAAAAUUUCAAAGUCCUACAAAUACUUUUAAUUCUUAAAGAUAAUAAGAUUAUGAAUUAAGAAUGAUAAAUGAAAAAUUAAGUAAAGUAGACAAAUAAUUAUAAUAAAUGAAUAAUGAAAAUAAAGAAGAAGAAAAAAAAAAAUAUUCAUCAAAAUUAAAUUAAAAAUUAAAAUAACGUUAAUUUGAUGAUUAUAGAAAUGGUUCAAAUGAAGAAUAAACUAAUAGUCAAUCUGAAAAAGGAAUUAAAUAAAAAUCACUUCAUUAUUAAUCAUUUGUAGAAUAAAAAGAUUCUAAAGAUUAUUAAUUUAUGUACAAUAGUCAAAUUUAGCCUCCAACUCAAUAAUAUUAAACUUCUGAUUAAUUGACAAAAUCUCUACAUGAUCCUUAAAUUUCCAAACAAGUUAAUACUAUCAAUUCGGAUAUUCCAAAGAGUCCACCAAAAUCUAAAGAACUACAAUAAUAAUUAUCUUAAAGAAGUAAAACAUAACAAUAAGAAGACUUUUAAAAUAGUAAUUAAUUUAAUAAUUAUGAUAAAUAUGAUGAAUUAAUGAGAAAAUAUUUAGAUUUAAAAGAUAAAUAUUAAAAUUCAUGUCUUGAAUUUUCACUAUUAUCAUAAACUUAUUCUUAAUUAAAAGAUGAGUAUUCAUAAGUAGUUUAAUAAAAUUAGUAAUAUUAAUAAUAAAUAUCCUUUUUGUAAUAAUAAUAAUUAAUUAAUGGAAAUAAUGAAUAGAUUAAUUAAUCUGCAUAUAAUAUGGAAAUAAUUAAAAAAGAACUUGAGUUUCUGUAGAGAGAUAAUAAUAUGCUUAAAUCUCAUUUAGAAUAAAGUCAAUAUAAUGUAAAUUAAUUGCAAAAGGAGAAAGAAAAGAAUUAUAUAGAAAUAAAUAAUCUAAAAAAUAAUUUACUUUUGAUUAAUUAAGAAAUAGAUAAAUUAUAGAAUGAUGCAUUAUAAAUGAAAACAGAAUUUAAACAAAAUAAUAAUAAUUAAUAGGUAUCUGAAAGUUAUGCUUAAUUAAAUAUUAAAUCAGAUGCUCAACCAAUAAAUUAAUAGAAAACAUUAUAAGAAAAUCCCUAAUUUGAUGCUAUUCAUUAAAAAGAAGAAUUAGAAUUAUUAAAAAUCUAAUAUUAAUAAAUAGAAAAAGAAAAUUUAAAUUAAAAAAAAUAAAUAGGCAAUUUUAAUUAAAUUAUAUAAUCUUUAGAAGAUGAAAUUACAAAAUUGAAAGAUUAACUUGAAGAAAAGAAAUAAGAUAUUAUUAGAACUUAAGCUUUGAAUAAUAAAGAUAAUAUUGGAGAUAUAAUUGAUGGUUAUAAAUAAGUAAUUAAAAAAAAAGAAUAAGAAAUCUUGGAUUAAGAAGAAAGUAUAAAAGAUAUGAAGAAAUAAAUAUAAAUUUAAGAAAAAGAAUUAUAAUAAAUAUCUGAAUUAAAACAAGAUUUAGAACAAAAAUUAAAUAAAAAAGUGAAUGAACUUUAAGAGGAAAUUGAGAAACUAUAAAAUGAUAAUUAAUAUUUAAAACAAAUUUUAUCUCAAACACAAAAUGAAUAACAAUCAUCAUUUUAGUAAGUUUUAUAUUUAGUAUAUUAGAUAAUCUAAUAAAAAUUCUAUGUAUUAGUAAGAAACUAAUUUCAAAGGGUUUAGUUUUAGAGGAGAUGAUGUGGAUAACCAAACUGAAAAUUUGAAAUAAGAAAAUGCUUCAUUAAGUAUUGUUUUUAAUGAUUCACUUAGAAUUUGAGUAGAAUAAGGAUAAAGUAAGAAUCGAUAGUUUAACAAAGGAAUUAGAAAUUUAAAAAGUAAUAUAAAUUUAUUAUAUUAAGAACAUAGCAGAAUUAAGUGAAUAAUAAUUGAUGGAAGCUUAAGAACAAAUCAUGUCUUAAAAAUAAAGAAUAGCUGAUAUUUUAAAUUUAAUAAUGAUUAGAGGUGAUGCUAAACAAAUGGAUGAUGUAGAGAAAUUACUUUAAAAUAAAGAAUUUUUAUCUCUUUGA